UGAAGUUUCCUUAUGCAUAGCUUGCUGUCUACCUAUCCAGGUACUCUUUUGUUUAUAUGAAUGCAGUGGCUUGGAAGUAUCUCCUAAAACUUUUGUGAGCUGAAGAACAUAAAACACUGGAAGAAUUCAUGACUUAUGAAAGAUUCUGCACUGAUCUUGUUAACGCUGGACGUAAUUAACGUUGGUAUGUUUUGUAUGUGCAGCCAGAACUGAGAGCGAAUGGGGAUUGAAUUGCUUUGCCUCUUCUUUUUAUUUCUGCAGAAAAAUAACAAUGUACAAGGAAAUUGUAAUUCAGGGAGUGCAGUGAAUUGUGAAGACUGUUUGCUUUCCGGACCGCACUGUGCCUGGUGUUUUCAAGCGAAUUUUACUGACACAUCUGAAAUCCAUAUAAGAUGCGACACUCCUGAGAAACUUGUGUCAAAAGGAUGCCAGUUGAAUUUCAUUGAAUUUCCUGUUUCUAAAAUAAUAAUCCACAAAAACAAGCCCCUUAGUGAAGGGCCGCAAGAAAAUAACUCAGAUGUUACACAGAUUUCUCCUCAAAAAUUAACUCUUCUACUGCGGCCAGGAAAUGAAGAAACAAUACAAAUUAGUGUUCGCCAAACUGAAGAUUAUCCAGUUGACCUCUACUACCUCAUGGAUCUUUCGGGUUCCAUGAUCGAUGACCUGAAUACAAUAAAGGAAUUAGGUUCUAAGCUUUCUAAAGAAAUGUCUAAACUCACGAGUAACUUUCAGCUAGGUUUUGGGUCUUUUGUAGAAAAACCAGUUUCACCAUUCAUCAAAACUGUGCCAGAAGAAAUACAGAAUCCUUGCAGAGCUUUUGCAGAUGACUGCUCACCCACGUUUGGAUACAGGCACAUUCUGUCGCUGACAAAUGACUCAGAAAGAUUUAACGAAAUUGUGAAAAAGCAGAAAAUUAGUGCGAAUAUAGACACUCCAGAGGCAGGUUUUGAUGCAAUUAUGCAGGCAGCUGUUUGUAAGGAAAGAAUUGGGUGGAGAAACAUUUCAUUACAUCUGUUGGUGUUUGUGACUGAUGCUGAUUCCCAUUUUGGGAUGGAUAGUAAACUAGCUGGAAUCGUUAUUCCAAAUGAUGGAGAAUGCCACUUGGACCAUAAUAAUGAAUACUCCAUGUCAACCUUUCUGGAAUACCCAACCCUUGGACAGUUAAUAGACAAGAUUGUUAAAAACAAUAUUUUAGUAAUAUUUGCAGUAACAGAGAAGCAGAUUCACUUGUAUGAGAACUAUGCUGAUCUUAUUCCUGGGGCUACUGUUGGACUACUUCAGCAGGAUUCUGGAAAUGUCCUCCAGUUGAUUAUUGAUGCAUAUAAGGCAAUUCGAUCUGAAAUUGAGCUGGAAAUCUUAGGAGAUACAGAUGGACUAAAUCUUACUUUUACUGCAAUCUGUACCAAUGGCACUGUGUUUCCACACCAGAAAAAGUGUUCUCAUGUUAAAGUGGGAGAAGCAGUGACUUUCAAUGUGACAUUAAGUCUGUCUGCUUGUGAGGAAAGUAAAAGGAAUGUCAUAAUCAGGCCUGUGGGCCUGAGUGAAGCUGUGGAAAUUGAAAUCCAGCCAGAAUGCAGCUGCAAUUGUCAGAAGGAAGCUGAGGCGAACAGUUCCAUGUGCAAUGGGAGCGGAUCUCUGGAGUGUGGUAUAUGUGCUUGCAACCCUGGUUACAUGGGUCCGCAGUGCAAAUGUGGUGAAAACGACUCACCGAGUUCAGAUCCCUGUAGACGUUCUCCAGAGCAGAGCUCUUGUAGUGGCAGAGGCGAUUGCUAUUGUGGACAGUGCAUUUGCCAUCUAUCGGCAUAUGGGCAUAUUUAUGGACCGUACUGUGAAUGCGACAAUUUCUCUUGUGUGAGAUUCAGAGGAUUGAUUUGUGGAGGCAAUGGACACUGUGACUGCAGCGAAUGUAUCUGCCACAGUGGCUGGACGGGUGAAUACUGCAACUGUACUACUGACAAUGAAGCUUGUAUUUCUGAGGAUGGCACAAUCUGCAGUGGGAGAGGUGAAUGUAUUUGUGGAAAAUGUGUGUGCUCGAAUCCUGGGAUUUCUGGAAGCACAUGUGAAAAAUAUACUACCUAUGUCGAUCCUUGUAGUUCCAAACGGACCUGUGUAGAAUGUUAUUUAGCUUCUAAUGAUCCGUCACAGGAAGAAUGCGCUGAAAAAUGUAAAUUGGUUGAUGUGACCAUCAUUAGCAAAGAAGAUAGCAUCAAAGAUAAAUCUGUCCAGUGUUUAUUACAAGGGGAGAAUGAAUGUAUUAUCACGUUUGUAAUGGAAGAUGAUGAACAAGGAAAAGCAACCAUUCACAGCAUAACGCAGAAAGACUGUCCACAGCCUCCAAACAUUCCCAUGAUUAUGUUGGGUGUGUCCAUUGCAAUCUUCCUCAUUGGGGUUGUCUUACUUUGCAUAUGGAAAUUAUUCAUCUCAUUUCAAGAUCGCAAGGAAGUUGCUAAGUUUGAAGCAGAGAGAUCAAAGGCCAGAUGGCAAACGGGAACAAACCCACUGUACAGAGGCUCAACAACAACAUUUAAAAACGUAACAUACAAGCAUAAAGAAAAGCAAGUGGGAUCUGCCACAGAUCUUUACUAGCUCUCAGGAAAGUUCAGUCCUGAACUAGCAGUUGAGGGCGGAAAGUUUGUUACAAAAAUACUGAUAUAUUAAACCGACCAUUUUAAAUGAAGGUUGGUUAACAUAUUGUGCAUGGCACUGUAGAUCAGGCUCAGAGAGUACAUGGCUAGAAGGCCCUUGGUGCUUGGACAUAAUCAGAGGCGGAGAGCCCGUUUUCAGUAGAUUGGUUCAGAAAAAAUAGAAAAUCAAAGUUUGACACUACAAGAACAAGCCUGGAAAGACCUUCUUCCUCCUCCUCUCAAAUGCUGCAAUCUAGUUAGUUACUUUCUGGUUUGCAGGAAAGCGUAAGUUGCCACUGGGGUGUGGUAGUUAAAGGGUCAGACUAGGAUUGGGGAGACACGGAUUCAGAUUCUCGCUCUGCCGUGGAAACUUGCUGGGUCACCUUGGGCCAGUCAUAUAUUCUCAGCCUAACCUACCUCACAGGGUUAUUGUGAGGAUAAAAUGGAGGAGAGGAAAAUGAUGUAAGCUGCUUUGGGUCCCCAUUGGGGAGAAAGGCAGGGUAUAAAUGAAGUUUUUUAAAAAAUUAAAAUCCAAAAUCGCAAACAGUAGUUUGCACUUGCUCUGAAAAUAUACAAAUUGGGAGACAGUUCACUAAGUCAGAUACACAUACGUCAUUCGAAAGCCUUUAAAAAGUGUUAAUUAAAACCUAUAGAAAUCACAGUAGUAAAUAAAUGAAACAGGAUGUAGCUUUACUCAGAAAUAACAGUGGCAUUGGUAGGCAUAAAGUUGGCACUUGUUAUUGGCACGAUUCCUGUGACUUUUAAAACCAUAUAUCAUUACUGCAUCUCCAAGCCAGGAAAAGAUGCACCUGUUGAAUGUUUGUGUCUCAUGUAUCAUUAAAGCCCGCUAAAGAAAGAAAAAAAUCCAACACUAAAAGCAACCAGUUUCAACAAAGGCAGGUUUUAUUGGGUUGGAUCCCACAGAAGAUUUCCAUGUGUGUAACAGUCCUGCUGGAAAUGCUAAAAUUACUCUUCCUUCUCUGCUUGUGCUAAGUGCACACAACACAGCACUAGGAAUUUCUUCUGAUGCAAUUUCAAAACCAAAUUGAAAUCAUGGGAGCCAUCUGUUGUCCAUUCCAUUGCUCCAUAUCCACAUUGGUAUUUUAUCAAGAAUUCCGUUAAAGUGUUAUGUGUCAUUGCAGCCAAUGUGCUACUGCUUGUGCAAGUGGAAUUGUACUAAAUACAUUUCCUUUCCACUGACACAUCUCUGGAUCCAGGGCUUUUUUUCAGGGGGAACAUGGUGGAACGGAGUUCCGGAACCUCUUG